UCCUGUCCGCGCCUGUCGUCAGUUCCGCUCGGCCUUUCCACACUGGAUUGGAAGGGGGUGGAUGUAGCCAACUGGAUGAUACAAACAAGAAACCCAGAGGUUGAAAGAGGCCAUCGGACAGUCAUGCAAUAAAAACAACGUAGCCAGCUUGAAGUAACCCUUACCUGUCUCUACGUGGAUAUACAUAUUAGGCUGUACGCUAACUGACUAAAACGCAGCUAGCCAUCUGGGGAUCGUGAACUCUGGAAUAACAGUAGCUAGCUAGCUAGCCAGCUUGCCGGGCAAUUUGGAGGACUGAAUUCGCACAGGGCUCCAGCAUGACGGACAGCAUCAUGAGCAAAGCGGCCACCAUGGAGAUCCCCAUCAACAGCAACGGGGACACGGGGACCCUACCCGAGGACGACGGCCUGGAGCAGGCUGCACAGAUUCAGUGGCGCUUAGAUGAGAAGCAGGUGAUGGUGUCGGGGCCCAACCUGAACGAGACCAGCAUCGUGUCGGGGGGCUACGGUGGAGCCACCGAGGGGAUCAUCCCCACCAGCUCCAUUAAAGGCCCGGCCAUCCGUGUCAACCCCAAAAAUUUGGGCAUCAGUCGUAUCCCCGCUCCCGGACAAGGUCCCAGCAUGCACCACAGCGGCAGCGGGUCGUCGGCGGGCGCGGAUGACGCCGCUCGGGGCGUCGCCGUGGAGAAGUUCGACAUCAUGAAGAAGUGGGGUCUCAACACCUACAAGUGCACGAAGCAGAUGAUCUCUGAGCGGUUUGGGCGGGGCUCUCGGACGGUGGACCUGGAGCUGGAGGCGCAGAUAGACGUCCUGAGGGACACCAAGCGCAAGUACGAGAACGUGCUGCGGCUGGCGCGGGCGCUGACCAACCACUUCUACAGCAUGGUGCAGACCCAGCAUGCACUGGGGGACACCUUCGCCGACCUCAGCCAGAAGUCGCCCGAGCUGCGGGAUGAAUUCGGGUACAACGCAGAGACUCAGAAGCUGCUCUGCAGGAACGGGGAGACCCUCCUGGGGGCCAUCAACUUCUUUGUGUCCAGCAUCAACACGCUGGUCAACAAGACCAUGGAGGACACCCUGAUGACCAUCAAGAUGUACGAGAACGCAAGGCUGGAGUUCGACGCGUACCGCGCGGACCUGGAGGAGCUGAACAUGGGGCCGCGGGACGCCGCCACGCUGGCGCGCAUCGACACGGCGCAGCAGCAGUACCAGAUCCACAAGGAGAAGUACGAGAGGCUCCGCAGCGACGUCACCAUCAAGCUCAAGUUCCUGGAGGAGAACAAGGUGAAAGUGAUGCACAAGCAGCUCCUCCUGUUCCACAACGCCAUCUCGGCCUACUUCGCCGGCAACCAGCAGCAGCUGGAGCAGACCCUCAAGCAGUUCAACAUCAAGCUGAAACCCCCGGGCGAGGACAAGCCGUCCUGGCUGGAGGAGCAGUGACCGGUCGGAAGGACGGAAGGACGGAUGGAGAGAGGGAGAGAGGGAGAGAGAGAGAGAGAGAGAGAGAGGGAAGGAUGGAUGGAUGGACGGAUGGUACGGACGUGGGCGGGGCAUCCCGGUGGAAUCGGGACCAACAGAGGCCAGUGAUCACAAAAUUUGGAGCCAGAGAGCGAGAGAGCAGGGGCUAUCGACAUCCUCCUCUUCCUCUGAUUCCUGCUCAUCUCUCCUCCUCCUCACAUUACCUCCCUCUCUCUAUCUCUCACACUAUCUUGCUCUCUCUCUCUCUAGCUCUAUCCCUAUCUCUCACACACUAAAGGAAACCACGCUCUUCAUGUUCAUGAGAACUCUGGAUGUUUUAGUCAAUAAAAAAACACCCAGCGUUACUUUCCUUGCAGGAGUUGCCCCAAGGCCUUUUUUUUUUUUCCUCUUUCCCCCGAAAGUGUUCACAAUCUUAACAAAUUGAGAACAGAGAUUACAGCACUCCCUGGCAACAGCUGCUGAAACGAGGGUCGGAUUUCAGACCGGAAAAUACAUCUCCCAACUCCUGUGGCUUUUGCGCUGUUUUCACUCCAGUCCAGCAACAAAAUAUUCAAGGGCAGAGAAGAACACGGAAUUAUUCACCGCUGACUUGUUCCCCCUAGAAAAAUCUUUGAACUCGUUCAGCAAACGUGCGUGUCCAGUGAUUUUAGAAACGCUACAGCCAGGUACUGACAUCAGCCAUCAGUGACUAAUGAAAACGGAGAUACAAGUGAACAGGAAGUGGAAAGCUUCAAGUGAAAUGCGUGAUGGGAAACCCCAGGCUGACAGAAAUGAAUGGUGGCGGCUCGUUUUAAGACCAGCAGGAUAUUGUCCUAUAUAUGUUUAUUUAUUGUGUGUUUAUUUUUCUCUGGUUGACAUGGAAUCUAUAGUGGUACUCCGCGUUAUUUCCAACAUUCUGCUUAGCGAUAUGUGCAAACUAAUUGUUUUCUUUGUGGUACUGUCUUUCACUUUCCCGGUUUAUUUUUGGGUCAUUUCAACUCCUGUGCUAAGCAGAAUGACAGGGUACACAUAAUCAGUCCACUGUACGAGGAAAAAGUAAUCAUCGGUGGGCAUUUUUAUUUUUCAAUCUAAGCAGCUCAUGACGUAGAAUGCCGCUUACUACCAAGUCACUCGUAACUGGAACAAAUAUCCAGUAAUAAUCGAAGUAUAAGCUGUCUCAUAUAUUUUGCACUUGGUGUUUUUGCAGUCAUAAAAAUGGGUUUGACAGCUGAGAAAUAUGAGACACUCCCAACAUUUCGCGUAAAUGGCAGCUCGUGCAUGUUGUGCCAGUUUGGUUAGUUGAUUUAGUCCAGCUCAAUUCAGAUUUUUUUUGUUUGUUUGUUUGUUUUAUAGAUAAAUGGGCGUAAUAAAUUAUAGCUUAGUUUCAGAGUGUGUGCACGAGAGACCCGCGGGCUGGUUGAGCUGUUACUGUCUUCCUUCAGUACAGAGAGCAAGUCUCUCAAACCAGUGAUUUCUUCUUUCUUUUAGUUUUUUACCCUGAAAUGGUAUGUUUGUACAGAGAGAUAAAAACGGUGGUGGGGGUGGGGCUGCGCUAACGGACAGCCCAGUUAAACUUUAGCUCCUCGCCGGACCUUGGAAUGCUUCAGAGUUCAGUUUAGUCCUGUUUAUCUUCGGAGUGAGGGGGAUGUUAUCGCAUACCCCUUAUGUCUGAUUCCCAGCAAUGGCUUUCUGCUUUUCCAGAGCCAGCUGACAGAAGUUACUAGGUCAAACGCUCAUUUAGGGACACUCCGCUACCAAUGAAUAUACCCUAGACGCACACAUAAUCGGACACCGUGGAGAGCGCUGUUUAAUUUAUGAAGGCUCUCGAGAACGAUGCUGGCGUAUCGGGACUGGAUUUUUGUCUUGAAUAAAACAUGAGACGUGUGUUCACGUGUGUUCAGUUUGGCCCCAUUAAAGAUUACGAGACUGUAAAGUGGACUCUUUCAACUGAAUGGUCUACCUAUAAGGUAUCAGUGAGAACAGCAAAACUCCCCUAAAGACCAUCCUUAAGGAGUAGCUCUUUAACUACUGGCCGGAGUAUCCCUGGUAACGGUAGCACAAUAGCGUAGUUUUUGCAGUUUAAAAAAAAAAAAAUUUUUUUGACCUUGCUAUUUAGCACCAGACAGCUUCAUUUUUUGGGUAUAUUUCUGGUGUAUUUCUCCAACCGAGCAUGUUUUCUGUAGUUCCAUUGACAGUAAUUUAUUUGAAAUGGUCUGUCUUGGAGCCCCUUACCGACUGUAGUUAUGAAAUAGAAAAGUAGGACAUUGGAGAGUGGUAAGAAGCACGCCGACGAAACAACUAGAUUUUAUGAAAUUAUAAAAACUAGCUGUUCUCUUUCGGCUGAUAAUUACAGAGCAUCGCGUACAAUCUUCAACACAGAAUAGUUAAAAGAGUCGUCUAGAAUGUUAGGAUUACAGUCCAUUUUAAAAGCAAGAGGACAACGCCGAAUGGAAUCCAAAAGUAAGUGCGUGGAGGAUAAUUUCGGCAUUAUUAACCAGGUCAGGUUUUUAAACAUUUCCACUUCGGGCAAAGCGCUUUACUUUUCUGGCACCCAAAUGGGGUGCUGUGACUUGGUCCGGCGGUUUGCGCACAAUGAAAUUGAGUUAAUCGGUAGGUACUAUUGAGCUGUCGGUGCUCCGGUUCAACAAGACUUUUUUUUUGUCCGAUACUGAAAUGAAUGUCGAAGCAUAUGUGCUCACACUACUGGACCAUUAGCACAGGACAUCGGAGAGAACGCACUUUUAUCUUCCAACAGGCCUCGGUAAGAAAGAUUAAUUAAACCCCCCCCCCCCCCUCCAUUUUGGCUGGAGGGUUUUUUUUUUUUUUUUUUUUUU